GCCACAAAAGCUUUUGUUGAGCGAUGCUCCAUAUUUCUUUGAUUAUUUAAUUUUACAGAUCUUAUUUCUCUCAUCAACGCACCGCCGACCUUCCGAUUCCCUGUCGCCGCCGCCGCCGCCGCUCCUUCAGCUAGGUACACAGCUGAGAUAAACGAGAUGGACGAUGUGAUAACAGACAUUCCACCUCCUUCAAGACUUCUCUUGGAAGAUCUAAACAACUUCACUCCACCACCACCUUCGCUUCCAUCUCCGUUUUUGGUGUUUUCAUGUGCUGAUUCAAAGAAAAACUUCUCCCCCUCACUUCUCCUCAUUGCCAUGUCUUCCCCAUCUCUUCACCUCUUACACCACUUGUCCUCCAAAAAUCUCAUUGGGACACUUAUUCUCCCCGAGAUCCCUUUAGCUGGAAACUCUGUUGAGCCUUCACUUCGAAACAAAUCAUGCAACAUAUAUGCCCUCAAUGAAGCUGAUAAAAUGAUCAUGAUCGUCCUGGUUCAGUACUCUGUUACUUCAGAGAGAGCUAAUGCAGUGGCUAGGUUGCUGAUUGGUGAAAAGAUCACACCUCAGAGGGUUUUGAUUCUGGAUUCUGUUCAAAGCCACAAUUUUCGUGGCAGGCUAUCUCCUGACGAGACCAUUGCCUUCAAGCUGGAGACGUCACUGGAAAGAAAACAAUCUGAUGGCAAUGCUUCUUUCGUCAAAGGUAUGGAUUACUAUCCAUCAGGAAGCAUGGUAGAUGGCUUGGCUGCUGCUCUGUUGAGUCGAUGCCAAUUGAAGAAGAUCAAGGGAACUUUAUGCGUUUCGUGGCCUGAUUUUGGUACUCCAGUGAUGUCCCUGGUCAAGUCUCUCUUGGUCGGGAAUGUCUUAUCAGGCGUAAACUACACCAUUGAUAAGAACUAUGAGGAAGCUUAUCUGAAGUUGAGCCGGAGAAAGGAUCGCACUGAUUCCGACCUGUAUACGUGAUCCAUGAGUCCUUAGAAGCAAAAUGAUGUCACUUGAUCAUGUUUGUUUUUAGUACUUUCAGUUUUCCUCCCUUUUUAGGCCAUCAAAGUUGACAUUGUUGUUAUCAUGCACUUAUUUUCAUUAAUAUAGUAGUAGCAACUUCAUCUUCAUGCCAA